GGUAGACGCUGUUUACACUGUGAGCGGCGGUUCAUGAGGUGAUACAUUACCUCCUUAUUUCCUCCAUAUCUCCCGCUAUAAACCUUCAAAAUGUCGACACGCAGUAGCAGAAAAGUCACAGUAACAACCACUACAUCAUCAAGUAGCGGUACAGAGACACCUAAAGCCGGAACAAGCAGUAGUACACCAGGAGCCUAUAGUAAGCCACGUUCCUCCCCCCUGAGUCCAACAAGGCUCUCACGUCUCCAGGAAAAAGCUGAAUUACAAAGCUUAAAUGACCGCUUGGCAGCUUACAUCGACCGUGUACGACAUCUUGAGACAGAGAACAACCGUCUUAACAUCCAAGUUGAGACAAUACAGGAGAGUGUGACCAAGGAGGUGUCAUCUAUGAGAGGACUUUAUGAACAGGAGUUAAGUGAUGCCAGACGGUUAUUAGACGACACUGCUAAGGAGAAAGCUCAGCUACAGAUUGAUGUUGGCAAGUUAAAGACCGAUAAUGAAGACCUAAGGCUGAAGCUCAUCAAAAAAGAGCGUGACUUGUCAGCGGCGCAGAAAUCCCUUACCUCAGCUGAGGAGCAAGUUGCUGAGCUGACGGCUAAGCUUAACAGCUCUGAAACUGACCGGAAGAAGCUUAUUGCUGAGAUCAGGGAUCUCAGGGAUGAAGUGACCAAGCUAAGCCGGCAGCUCGGGGAGGCCAAGCAGCAACUUGAGAGUGAGACGCUGAUGAGAGUUGACUUGGAGAACAGGUGCCAGUCUCUGAAGGAGGAGCUCCAGUUCAAGCAACAGAUUUACGAGUCGGAGGUCACGGAGACCAAGAAGAGGAAGCAGGUGGAGCUCUCGGAGAUCGACGGCCGUCUCCAGUUAGAGUAUGAGGCCCGGCUUCAAGACUCACUCAGGGAACUUAGGGGGCAGUAUGAGGAACAACUGAAGAACAACCGCACAGAGGUGGAGUACCUGUAUGAGACUAAGAUCGAUGAGCUUAACAGGCGUGACCAGCGAGUGAGCGAGGGAAGUGACGCUCUCACCAGCACACUCCGGGACUCUAAGAGGAGGGUUCAAGAACUAGAGUCACGCCUCGCUUUCCUCGAGAGCACCAACAGUACCCUAGAGCAACGGGUGCUAGACUUGGAGGCCCAGCUAGAGUCUGAGAGGGACGGCCACUCCAACGACCUUUUGAUCCUGAAGGAAGAGAUUACUCGCCUACAGACAGAGAUGAACACCCAGCUGCAGGAGUAUCAGGACCUCAUGGACAUUAAGGUCGCACUGGACAUGGAAAUAGCCGCCUAUCGCAAACUUCUGGAGGCCGAGGAGGCGAGGUUGAACCGCCCCUCGAGAAGACAUCACCAGAAAACGCUCUCUGUGGCUCACGUUCUCAGGGGUCCAGUCAUAGAGAUCGCUGAAGAUUGUCCUGAGGGCAAAUUUGGCUUACAAAAUAAGAGCGACAAGGACUUCUCCAUCGGGGGUUUCCAGAUCAUACGCUCAGCAGGAGAAGCAGAGACCACCUACAAGUUCCACUCCAAGUCUAAGAUCCCCGGCGGCGCCACCGUCACCAUCUGGUCCUGCGACACAGAAGCCAUCCACGAGCCGCCUCUCACCAUAGUCAUGAAGAACCAGAAGUGGGCAGUCUCUGAUAACAUGACCACAAGGCUCCUGAGCACUAGCGAGGAAAUGGCCGUCCGAGAGAGUAAGCGGGAGACAGAGUCGUCGUCAACAACCAGGGAGAGAGAGUUCCAACCAGGCUCUCAGGAAGAGGGGGAGGUAUCGCGACUAUACACUGGUUGCAUCCUCGCUUAAACCACCUAGUGUACCUACCAUCUAAGGCUCCUCCUCCUACAUCAGAAGUGCCCAGGGAACCUCUCCGGAGAAAUGCAGCAUCAUGUGAGGGGCGAGCCGCCGCCGCCCACCCAAUGUUACGUACAAACGACCUCCAUCCCCCUGAGCUGCACUCUACUGGUGGACGUCCGGCCUCGCCACGGAAGGAUCGAGAGAACGGAUCGAGGAAGGCGUCGCUCCUCAGAGUGUUAAUGUAAACUAACUCUGGAUGGUUUUAUUUUGGUCUAAAAUGUUGUCUAUCUGUUGGAAGAGUUUGGUCCACCACUGCUGCCGGCCACCCGAUAUAAACUGGCCACGAUACGUUACUAAAGAUGAGUGUUGCUUCGGACGUGUGAUGGGGUCAAAGUAGUGUGCUCGUGUCGACUUAAUUGUCUUGAGGGAUGUUUCGGAGACGUGCGGCGGGGGCCGAGUGACGCCGCCGGUCGGGCCGUCGACGACUCCGGACGUCUGCGUUACUCGUCCCCCUGCCCGAACCAAUCUGACCUUCCCUCGAGUUAGUGGAGAAGGAUUAACUUUUAUUUCCGUCGAGAUGCCGAGUGGGACGCCCGUUGACGAGAGUGUGUUAGGGGGGUGAACACGAUGCAGUACAGUAGUGCACCGGACACUAAUAGUAUUGGUAAGUGUCUCUGUUCCUGGUCAGUUUCUCGCUGGCAACAGAAUUUCGCUUUUUAAUAGUUUUUUAAUUUUAUCGUUUUAGAAAGUAUCUUAAUAUUUUGGUUGCUCGUUUAUAAACCAAAUUACUGUACUGUGGUGGGGCGAGUCUGACCGGGUCGUUGUUUUUAUUUGAUCGAAGGGGGCGUCCGUCUCCCGAGAAACUCUCCCAGCCGUAAUUCCUGAAACCGAGGUCAAAAUAUUUAGGCGAAGCCCUGGCGGCACUCAUAACCCCUCGACCUAGCCCGGCCGGCACGAAUGAAGUGCAGUUGUGGCGGUUAUGCCGGGCCGCGGCGAGACCCCAGAGCCCUCUCGGCCCGUCACUUGUUUAUUUGCUUCGUGCGCUUAUCGUCGUAUAUCGGCGAAAACAAAACACAAAAAAAACGUAACCGUAAAUUCGCCAAGCUUACUAAAGUGCUUACAGGUAAUGAGGGAUCUUGUCUGUUCUAAGUUCGACCUGGUUAGACGAACUAGACCACCCAAACGACCCAUUCGUGAGUCUACGUGUGGUGUAAGAUGGUCAGGUUUUUAUCGUGAGCGGACGACCCACCGCGCCCUAACUCUGGCUGCUGUACUUCUCUUUGGGGUCGUACGUUCUGUUUACAAAUUAUAGUGAAUUAAUUUCUUUAGGAGUCGAGCUCGUUUAAAUGUGACUUAUUUUUUUGGGGUGGGGCGGAAGUGUAAGACUGUAUAUGGGUACUACUGCAACGAAGUGUAGGGGUGAUCAAUGAUGUACAGCGGUAAUUGAAUGAUUUAUAGGGGUGAUUAACGAUGUACAGCGGUAAUUAGGUGAUUUAUAGGGGUGAUUGCGCAUUGUAUCGGGGUAAUUCAGUGACAAAAAAGGAUAAUACAAUGAAAGGUGCCAAUAGUUUGAUUGUAAUUGCAUAUCGUUAAGUAGUUCAUUAAUCCUUAAUUGUGAACCAAACCCGACGUGCGUUGGAUCGCCCAGAACACUACUUGUAAACAAUGUCAGUCGAGGGACCAGGAGAUAUAAAUCAUUAAAUGCCGUGAUUUCGUAGCUGAUGGUUGACCGAGGGCGUUAAAACCACCAAACGGGAAUAGAAGGAUAACAACGUCGUUUGUAUUUGACCGUAUAACUAGACCUGAACGCGUAUCAGAGAUGAACAGAUUAAGAACGUUAUACCCCGUGUCGCCUGUACUCGAUUAUGAAACUAGACUUGAACGCGUGUCGGAUUAUUUUACCGAGAACACACAAUGGGGCCACGAUUUAACCUGUGCCAUUAGGGUAGGGAUUUAAGUGGUGAGAGAGGGAGAGAAAGUGAGAGAGAGAGAGGGAGGUGUCAGUUGUCCAUCCUGUUCUCUACAAUUAAUCACUGCCAUUAUUUUUUAUUUUUUUCCUAAUCGUCGGUAAAGUUUCGGCUGAUGUGGCGGCGAUUUAACUAAGGCUAGGUCAGGUCUGGGGACACGCUGCUGAGUCAUCGAGUCUCGGGUCGUGUGAUGGGGUAACGCAACUGUAUUUGUGGCGGAGAGAGAGAGAGAGUGUGUGGGGGAGUGAGAGAGUGUGUGGGGGAGAGAGAGAGAGUGUGUGUGUGGGGGAGAGAGUUUUAUGGAAAUAACAAACCGUUGUUUCCCCAAACAACUCGAGGCGUCGUUCACCCAGUGCGGCCGUCAGACGUGGCUAUGAGAAUUUUAGGCAAUAUUUCAGGGGAUUUGUUUCCUGUACUUGUAUCUGUAAUAGCAUCUUUUAGUUGAAUUAUGGAAGUAAGUCUUUUAUGUUAAUGUGAGGCGGUGUAUGUGCAGACCGCGGCCUACUGGGUUGUUUAUUGUUUACAGCCAAGAAUGUUAUUAUUUUUAUUAUUAUCGCUGCUACGCCUACUACCACUAUUAUUGAUGAUUCUGGUGUUAGUGUUAUUAUCAGUCACCGUCUCAAAUAUGGUAACUCGGUACAUAACCCCAGAGGUGUGACGUGGAAGAUCUCCUGUCGCGACUUUUCCUUGGGGAGACUCCGUGUAUGGGCCGUCCUCGAGGCGCGUCGCCGUAGAAUGAAAGUUAGCCCGGGAUGUCUCUGGCACAGUACCCCCUUGGGACGAGCUAUUGUUUAGGCUGUUAACACGCCUUCAGGAACGGCCCAAGCGGGAGUCCAAGUAAUCAUCGACGCUACCAGAACUUUGAGGUGUUUAUUAUUGUUAUUAAUCUCGGUAACCCAUUGGAGGGACGACUGUUUUGUCUUGUCUUAGGGUAUUGUUUUGACCGUUGCUCGUAGGUGAAGUUAACCCCCAGUCUUAGUCGACCUUAAGCUGUUGCGAUCGCACACCAUAAGGACUAAUGCUGCCUGUGUGGUUAGGUUAGGACUGUGGGAGGUUUACUUCACCCGCCAGUCAUAAAAGACGUAUCGAAGGGUGGGGGGGGGGUUGAGUUACGUCCGGUCGCGUAGUAAACUCGUCGUGUACAGUAACACGACGUUAAGGAGCGUCGAGGUUCACAAAUAAACAAAAACAUUACUCUUUUUUGUCGUGUAUUUUUGCCAGUCAUUAUUAUUAUUUCUCUCCCCCCCCCCCUCGCUGGUUCAGGAUAACAUCAGCCAUCUCUUGAGAUCGAACAAUUCCUUUUAGUCAUCACAGAUCAUCGAAGAAAUAAACAAACUCUCCCAAGUGUGUGGUAGGAUUAGUGGCGUUGAGUCAUCGUUGGGGUCUUGUGGGGAGGAGGGGUGGGGGCGUGUGUGUCUUGGUCUAUGGGGACAAAAUAAUUAGUUUUAUUUUUCUUAUCGUUUUUUCCUGGAUUUUAGUAAAUACCGGGUGUCAUAAAGUCGUUUAAUUUACCUUUCACUUGUGUUUUUUUUUUUUUUACACUCAAAUUACCAAGGUGUCGGACAUCCAAGUACGAUGUCCUAACUAUUUUACCAAGACUUCCAGAUCCCCCCCCCUUCCCCCCAACCAAAGUCCCCAAUAUUGUAAAGCAUAUUAUUAUUUUUUUUAGACCCAAGACUGAUUAUUAGGUCGAAAAUUAUUCUUUUUCAUAUUAAUAUAAGGUCCAAAAAAAAUAUGAUUAAUUUUAUUAUUAGGACCGAUAAACAUUAUUAUUAUUGAUUGCGGCCAAAUAUGAUUGCAUACUUACACCGGCUUCAUAGCUUGUACUACAUUAGUUAUUAGUGGUGUGCCUUCAAUUGGAAAGUCUGUGAAUCCCCAAAAAAGGUUAAAAAAAAAUAAUAAAGUAUUUCUAAUGUUAAAUAAAAGUGGAUCUUCUGUAAUAAAAAGUUAAAUAGA